AUGUGGGGGUGGUGCGGCUCCAUCUCCAAAAGUCUCCUCUGUUGGAUGCGGAGUGCGUCAGGAGAAGGUCGCAGAGCUGCCGCGCGCGCGCUCCCUUGGUUCACCAUGAAGAGACAAAACGCCAGGACGCUCGCGCUCAUCAUCAGCAUCCUCACCUACCUGGUGGUCGGAGCGGCCGUCUUCCAGACCCUGGAGUCCAAGCAGGAGAAGAGUCACAAGAGGAAGCUGGACGUCAGGAAGCACGAGCUCAUGCGCAAAUUCAACUUGACCAAAGCAAACUUCGAGGAGCUGGAGCUGGUGGUGCUGCAGCUGAAACCUCACAAAGCAGGGGUCCAGUGGAGGUUCGCCGGCUCCUUCUACUUCGCCAUCACUGUGAUCACCACCAUAGGUUAUGGCCAUGCAGCGCCCAGCACGGACUCAGGGAAAGUAUUCUGCAUGUUCUACGCCCUCCUUGGGAUACCACUGACCCUCGUCAUGUUCCAGAGCCUGGGCGAGCGCAUCAACACAUUUGUCCGGUACCUGCUGCACCAAGCCAAGAAGUGCCUGGGAAUGCGUCAGACUGAGGUCUCUAUGGCGAACAUGGUGACAGUGGGCUUCUUCUCCUGCUUGAGCACCUUGUGUGUGGGGGCUGUGCUGUUCUCCCACUGCGAGGGAUGGAGUUUCCUCCACGCCUUCUACUACUGCUUCAUUACGCUCACCACCAUCGGCUUUGGAGAUUAUGUGGCUCUGCAAAAGGACGACUCACUACAGAACGACCCGCGGUAUGUGGCUCUCUGCUUUGUUUACAUCCUAAUGGGACUGACAGUGAUCGGAGCGUUCCUAAACCUGGUCGUGCUUCGUUUCCUGACUAUGAACACUGAGGACGAGCGACGCGACGCCAAGCAGAAGGCCUUGUUGUCUGUCAGCAAGUCCAGAGCAGAAGUGUCUCGCCUAUUACCACUCUCAACUUCCACCUCUGUCACGCCUGUAGCAGACACUGCCACAAAGGCUAAAGAUUUAAAAGGCGCCUACACAGAGGUGCUGCAUUUUCAGACUAUAUGCUCCUGCUUGUGGUACAGGAGCAAAGAGAAGCUGCAGGGUUCCACACCCACCAUGAUGCCUCAGGAGCUUCCAUUUUCCAAUGCCUACCUACAACAGAACAGUGACUGUCCUCACUACAUGGAGCCUGGAUCAACAGGCUGCGUGUGCAGUCCACGUCAAUGCACGAGCAUAAGCUCCAUAACAACAGGCCUACACAUUUUCUCUCCGUUCAGGGUGUUUAAGAGACGCAGCUCUGUCUAA